AUGUCGAAUGAUAUACCACCUAGAGAGAAGGAAGAAGACGUCGAAACUAUCUUAGCUAGUGGAAUGACAACUCCUUCAAGAAGAGGCUGGAAAGGAAUCAUAGCUGUUGACAUGGAUGAUGUUUUGUGUCAGACCAAUGCUACCAUCGUCCAUAUGCAUAAUGAAUUAUUCAACACUCAACCACCAUUAACAUUAGAUGAUUUCAAGAAUUAUUUAUAUUGGAUGAACAGAGGCUGGGGUUCUCCGGAAGAGACCGUAGGAAUGGUUGCGAAAUUAUAUCAAGGUGGUUUAUAUAUGCGAGCACCUCCCGUGCCGGGAGCUAAAGAAGCACUCCACCAAUUAAAAGAUUUAGGUUAUGACUUGAUAAUUAUAACAGCUCGAUCCGAGACUCAGAGAACGGGAACAGAAGAGUGGAUUACAAAGUAUCUACCUGAUAUAUUCGAUGAAAUCCACUUUACUGGCGCUUUCCAACAUCUAGAACCUACAAAAGAAGAAAAGGAAGGUCAUGUAGCUAGGAAAGCGGUGGUUUCACAUCAUAAACGAUCGAAAGCAGAGAUAAUCCACUCGACAUCCUCCUUAUUCCUGAUUGAUGAUUCCUCCGAAAACGCAUACGAUGUAUCAACAUCAAAAUAUCCUCACAAUUUACCCACCAAAGUACUGUUAUUUGGUGAAUAUCCAUGGAACGCGAUAGUACAUGAUCCAACUCAAAAAGCAGAAUUAGAAGCGAUGACAUAUCUGGAGAAGGAACAGAAAGGUUUAUUGGAUGAAUCGGAGAGACUGAGACAGAAAAAGAUUAAAGAAGGUUGGUUACCGCCAGGGGUGGAAAGAGUAGGAAAUUGGGAGAAGGUCGUCCAAUGGGUAAAGAAGUUUGAUCAAAGUCGGGAUAUAUGA